AUGGCGUCUGCAGCAUCAGCAACAUUUCGCCUCACUCAGCCUUCUUCCUCGUCUUCUUCUUCUCCCAGACCAAAACCUCAUUUCACCCUCCCCUACAAACCUUACGUUUUUUCACCUAUUCCCAAAUACCCAAAACUCCAAAUCGCUUCGAAGUCCAUUGAUGUCUCCAAAGAAGACAAACCCAUCUUGGAUCCGCCAACAGAACCGGUAGAGACCACAGAAGAAUUCGAUAAACGCAGACUAGAAGAGAAAUUCGCAGUCCUAAACACCGGAAUUUACGAGUGCCGGUCGUGUGGAUACUUGUACAACGAAGCCGCCGGAGAUCCAUCUUACCCGAUCGCACCUGGUUUGCCGUUCGAUAAAUUGCCGGACGAUUGGAGGUGUCCGACAUGUGGCGCUGCGCAGACGUUCUUUCAGAGUAAGAGUGUGGAGAUUGCGGGGUUCGCUCAGAAUCAGCAGUUUGGUUUAGGGGGUAACACGCUCACCUCCGGCCAGAAGGCGAUUCUGAUCUACGAGGUGAAUGCAAAAUCUUUUGGAGGUGAAUGA